AUGUGGGUGCUUCUCAAAGCGCUCUUCCUGAUCUCGGUCCCAUAUUCUCGGUCACAGGUCAUCCAUGACGGUGGUACCUGUGGACAGAAAGCUAUUCCAUAUCGUAUUUCUAUCGAUAGCAAGGGAAGUCCCAAGCUUUACUGCCUGACCCCUGCAUGCCUCAACGACGAACUCAGUUCACAUGGCGAUUCGCGUUAUCGAGGGGAUGGAGAGCGGCGUUCGUUGGUGAAGUGCAAACCUUUCAAAGAUGUGGUGUGCACUGGAGAAUUGCAGUGGACCGGUGGUCUCCUUGAAGUGAACAACGGCACUCAUAAUGUACUGAGUACCGCUUGUUGCGCCUAUGUUGGAAUGGCUCGAUCACAUUUAGUCAGAACGAUAUUUCUUGGUUCGGACGACAGCUAUGAGGGAGGUUUCCACGAAGGUGCUGGUCGCAAUGGAGGGUUUGAUCUCAUCAAAGAAGUACGAAAAUCUGUCAAUGGAGAUAACAGGAUACAGUACAUCGUUACUGUUCAUCGACUACCAUGUGUUCCAGAUCGAUUAAGAUCUAAAGGAUAUAGUGGUGAAAGCAUCACCAGAAAUAAACGUAGACAGGAUGUUCCCAGGAAAGAGAACGAAUAUGAUUACGAAUUGGAAGAAAACGACAGGCCACGUCGUUCCUACCGUGAUCUAGUUGAGAGGCCGUACCGGCGAAAUCGACGUCAAGGAUUCAGAAGGCGUGCUAUGAUGCGCGAUUAUGACGACUACUAUGAUUACGACUAUGCUGUUAUCGUACCACGUCAAAUGAUGACUCGGAGGCGACAAGCAGCAAAUCGUCUGUGGCCAAUUGCACGUGCACGUGCUGACGGUGGAGUUUUCCAGCCGAACGAUCUUAUUCCAAUCAAGCCCGAGCAGGAUGUGAUUGUGAGCAGUGGUUCUCUGGAUGACUUCACACAGAUUGCUCCACCGCAACAAGUUCAGGCAGCAAGGGUUACUAAUUCGAUAAUUGAUGGACCUCUUCCACCACCAUCCGUAUCCUAUCAACCGGAUCAGCAAUCACUACCUCAGUAUGUUCCUGCCUACAGAGAGGAAACCGCUUAUAAUCCAACUAUUUAUGCUCAGCCGCCGUCUAAACCAACAGUGCAGUUCCGCCAACCCGUGCCACCGGAAUAUCCUAAAGCCUUGCAGGCACCUAUACAACAUGCUCAACCAGCACCACAAUAUUAUUAUACGUAUCCAUCAUAUCCGGCAUAUUAUACACCUCCUGGUUUAAACACCAUUUUCGAGCAACUACAGUGUUUCAGCGGCGAUAUGGAGGUUGAAACUCCUUCUGGAUCCAAAGCUAUCAAGGAUGUUGAAGUUGGUGAUAUGGUGUUGAGCAUCGAUGAAUCCAUGGUGACAUUCUCACCGGUGAUAAUGUUUCUGCACAAGCUCGAGAGCGAGACAGCGCAGUUUUUGCAGUUAAAGUUGGAAUCAGGAGACUCCCUCAAAAUCACCGACAAUCAUUUAAUGUACGUUGCAAACUGCAAUGGAAACGAAACAGAAACUCUUCGAUUAGUGCCUGCCAGAGAGGCUCGAAUUGGGCAAUGUGUACAAAUUAUGGGAUCGGCCGCUUCUCUUGCUGGAAGAAAAAUCACAUCUAUUGGAAAGGUAACUGGCGUCGGGAUUUACGCUCCACUGACAACUACUGGUGAUAUAAUGAUGCGAAAUUUUCGUCUUCUCUGGUUGGUGUCACUUAUCAUAGAAGCAACAUAUGGUCUCAACACAGUCAGUGAUCUCAUCAUUCUCCACAGGUUAAAAAAAAUGUACUGGUUCCCAAUACGAACGAAAAAAGAGGAACAAGUGGAGAAAAUCGCGAAUCGACACAUGCUCAAACAACCGUUAAUGAAGUUUGACUUGCUGUGGAAAAAAUUUCACGGCCGUAAACGAUCGCCACCUCAAGUACUGUAA